AGAGAUUACAACGUUUUGAAAGUUUAUACGAAUUGUAGGGCCGGGUAUUGCCACUGUUAUGAUGAAACUUUUAUACCGUCUCCGUAAAGCGCGAUCUUUCGGUAUUUUCUUGUUUUUGUUGGCCUUUUCGAAUCAAAUUACGGGAAUAUUUUUUACACAAGAAACAAUUGCCGGUUCGGUUUUAAUUUUUUUUUCGCCAGUAUGUAAUUCAAUGCCGAAGAAUUUCGUAAUCUCGCGAACGCGCCGCGAAAUUUUUCGCGAAAAGUUUUUCCAGGUUAAAAAGUUUAUAAGUUAUCGAUUAGUUUUACAUUCAUUUCUGGUUUUUUCUCUCAACUCGAUUUGCUAAUCUUCAAAGUUCAAAUGAAUACGAAAAUGGAACAACGUAAAUCCUCAUCUUAUUCAACUCGCAGCUCGCCUAAAACUCCGCCAAAAAUGUUACCCACCGAAGAAAAUAACACGCCGAAACCCAUCACAACGAUGCCUUCGUUCAUCAUAAAAUAUAAACUAAGAUUACCACCUGCACCUGAAAAGCGAUAUACUGAUCCGUCAAUUGAAAAACUUCUGUCAGAAACAAAACUCCUACACCACCGAAAGUCUUCUUCAACGUUACCAGAAGCGAACCUACCAACAAAAUGUUGCAGUAGUAAUUUCUUCAACUUGGAGAACCAACUUAACAAUUUUGCUAAUGUAAUUGAUCAAGGAAGACUCAGCGCACAAUCGAAUAAAUCGAGUGACAACUGUAGAACGCAUGGAAAAUGUUAUAAAACGUUGGAAAAUCUCGUUUGUAUAAAAAAUCCGAAAUAUUUAAAACCGUUAAAUAUUUCGUUCGGAAUUGGAAGAAUGAAUUCGUUUAAAAGACGCAGAUUAAAUUCGAAAACUUUGGAGCUUCAGUCGGAAGAGCCUUUAAAAGGAAAUCACGUUAAUCUUCCUCAGAAAAAACGAGUAAUCGCACGAAGUUCUUCUCCGAAUAAAAGUCCUGUAAAAAAAUCUGGGAAAUCUAAUUUAACCUCUAGUACCGCAGAAGAAGUAACUGAUGACGAAACAUUAAUACGAGAAGCGGAGGUUGCAUUAAAAAAUUUAUCUGGUAGUUGGCCUACGUCUAGGAAUUCUUUUUAUAACGGUGACAUGACGAAUGAUAAUGAAUUUGAACCACCAGCCUUUGAAAAUUUAUUUGAAGACAAACAACAAGUCUCUAAAAAUACGAAUUUAUCGAGAACGCAAGACACGGAUGAAUCAUUUCGCUCGAAAUUAAUAAAAGAGGAAACCGAUCAAAAACGAGACGAAGAAAUUUCAUCGAAUGUUAAAAAAUCCACCAAUUUAUACGGCUGUACGAAUAACUGCACCGACGAUCGCUCCGGUCACUACACGCAACCAGGAGUGAAAAUCAAAACAGAAGAUGGUAAACUUAAACAAAUAAUUAGCGAUGAUGAAAAGUCCUCGCACUGUGGUCCCGAUUUUAAUGAAUUAAUGGAUGACUCUACUACUGAUCUAGAAAUGCAUAUAUCCGACAAUACGAACGGCACGAGUCGAGACGAAGAGGAGAACGGUAUUAAAAAGGAAGAAAAUAACAAUAAAAUCGAUAACUGUAAUAUAAAUAUCAAAGAUGUUCACACGUUUUCCAGUCCAAGGCAUAGUUUAAUUACGAACAACGCUAAUUCGAAAAUCUCCGCCGUAUCCGCUUUCCGUCCCGUAAUAAACGAUACAGCCAAAGAUUCGCUGUCCAAGUCCAGUAUGGAUAUCUCGAGCGCGGUCAGCGCUGCCAUGUCGCCCCUCGGACCAUAUCCACCGGUCGGAGCUACCUUCGUAGGAUAUCCCGAUAACACCGGCUUAACUUCUCCCGAGAAAGAAACCUCUCAUUCAUUAACGUCUGGAAAACAAACGCCUAGUAUAUGUCUUCUACAGCCUAAAUCUAGAAUCAAAAUGAACGAUCAAGUCGACGACUCGAUGUCAACCGUAUCGUCGAAUGAGAGUCGAUCCGCCGAAUCUCCCGAAGCUAUGCAAAAAGAAUACACCAUCUUACAACCGGCCGGAUCGACGUCUAAGAAUUCCUCUUCUAGUUCGAGAAAUAUUUCAGUCGACAGCAGCAGCAGUGAAUCCCCCGUUGCGCCCACUGUGUCGAGGCCGACCAAAUUCGAAACUUCUCCGAUGAGUUCACCGCCCAACGAACCAGCUUCGAAGCAUAUUUUAGAACCGCAGCGAUAUGGCGAACAAUUAGGAUCCGGCGGACUGAAUAAAGAUACCGGAAAAUGUCCUACUCCUGGAUGUACGGGACAAGGUCAUGUGACUGGGUUGUAUCCUCAUCACCGAAGCAUUUCUGGAUGUCCUAGAAAGGACAAAAUGACGCCAGAAAUAUUGGCGAUGCACGAAACUAUUUUGAAAUGUCCUACACCCGGUUGUAAUGGUCGUGGUCAUGUAAGCGCGAAUCGUAAUACUCACCGCAGUCUUUCCGGUUGCCCUAUAGCUGCUUCUAAAAGAGCAGCUAAUCGCGAAAAGUCUAAAAAAUCUCUGCAUCAUCGACCAAUUUCGAUUUCCACUAGCAAUCAGUUAGAACUGUCUUUCAAGCAAGAAAUCAGGCAACCUACGCCGAUCUCUUCGAUGGCGAUAAAUGAUAUUAAACAGUCGUAUCCGUUGCCAGUUUACGCUGCUGAUAAUUCGGCGAAUAGUCGUUCCAUAGAUUACAUAUCGUCUUCGUAUUAUGCCAACAAUAUAGCUAAACCAGCGUUACGUCCUACCAAAAUCUUACUGCAAGAGAACCCGAUUAAAAGCGAAGAAAGUAAUAAAUUAUUGGCGAAAACCGAAUGCGUUUCUAGAACGGGAGAUAAUAUCAAAACCGAAGUAGCCAACUCGUCGGUUUGUCGUUCAUCGUUAUCGAAUCACAAUGCUAGUUUAUUGACUAAUAAUUACGAUUCGUAUAUAAAUCACGACUCGAAUUCAUCGUCCGUCUCCAGCAUGGAUACGUUGAAUCAAAACCACCAUUAUCAAAUAAAUCCCGAAGGCCAGCUACAAAUUACACCUUCCAGCAGCGUACCAACUUCUCACAAUGUCCAUAAUUCCACCCCUUCUGUUUACAUGCUAGACGAAAAGCGAUUACUUCAACAACAUCAUGGAACUUAUGAUACCAACUCCAUGGUGUAUAGUAACGCAUCCGAUGACAUUUAUCAACAACACGAUCGUACUUUUACUUUGAACAAUAUAAAUAGGCCAGUACCUUCGUAUUCCAACGAGAUCCCUUGCGGAUACGACGGAAGAACUUACGAUGCUAAUGUGACGCCUUAUGAUCGAUACGAAACUCCGUCCCAGCCUUGCGAACGAUAUCCGUCGCAGUACAGUGACCAGAACAUCGCCAGUUUUCAUCAUCAGCAUCAACAACAACAACAGCAUUUACAGCCGAGUAUAAAAUCUGAUCAGUGUCAACAUCACGAGCAAAAUAACCAAAGUACUACGCCGGUCUAUCCUAGGCCCAGUUACCAGUACGAAGGUGUCGCUAAUCGAUCACUUUCUUCGGGAUUUUCAUCGUCAUCGGCCAUUAAUUUAUCGGUAAAAUGUGUAGCUUCUACGGGUUCUCGAUCGCCCAAUAGUUCAGGUAAUGGACCACCAUCUGUCAUGGAUCUUUCGACGUCCAGUAUUACUCCUCCGAGUCCACAUGCAACGGCUUACGGUUCAAGUCCUCAAAAGUACGCAGAUCGUCAGUCUGAAGCAAGCCCGCAUGUGGUUUCAGGAAGUCCUCAAGUUCCUAGUCCUCACGCACAAACGUUAGAUCUCAGUAUAAGCAGGUCUUCCGGAAAUACAGUGUUCUCUGGUCCAAGCGCUUAUAGUCGAGAUUCUACACCAGAUAGUGGUGCUUCUCAUUACAUGGAUUCUUACAGAAGUGUUAAUGGAUAUGCAGCUAUGAGUCCUCAUAUUGGCUAUCCAGGAAUCGGUGCUGGAGAAUAUCCGAGUAACGCUUAUAGCUCUUAUUCGGCGGCAAGUUAUGCCUGUGGAUACUCAGCAAAUGCUUAUUCUAGUGCUGCGUCCGGAUAUUCGCAAAGUCCAUGUUAUAACAUGCCCCCACCACCUCCUCAGCACAGUAAACUUUCAUCUUCAUCGAAAGAAGAUAGUUUGCUCGGAGGGUCGCGUUCUGAACGUACCAAUUUAAACACCCAUCAUUCGCAAGAAUUGAAAUGUCCAACUCCGGGAUGUGAUGGAUCGGGUCAUGCUACUGGUAACUAUUCAUCUCACAGAUCUUUGUCUGGUUGUCCAAGAGCAAAUAAGCCUAAAAGUAAACCUCGUGAUGGUCACGAUUCAGAACCUUUAAGAUGUCCAAUUCAAGGGUGUGAUGGCUCUGGACAUGCGACCGGCAAAUUCUUGUCUCAUCGAAGUGCUUCCGGUUGUCCUAUCGCGAACCGUAACAAAAUGAGGGUAAUGGAAAAUUACAACGCUGUAGAGCAACAUAAAGCUGCUCUAGCUGCAGUCAACGUUGUCAGCGGCUCUACUCCCAAAUUAGAAAAUAUCAGCGGAUGUAUGACGAGUUGUGAAAGUGCUAGUCAUUUGAAUGGUUCUUUUUUAUCCCAUCGAGCCAUGUCCAAUUGUACAAACAAUAAGAAACCCAUUUCAAAAUAUCCCCCGGGACAAACUCAUAACGACCUUUAUCAACUUUAUCAAAAAGGAUUGAAUAGUGUUGAGUGUGCAGUUAGAAAUAAUGGUGUUGGUGCUAACGGAGAAGAUUUGUAUACUUUGGAAGCAGAAAUUACUGAAUUACAACGUGAAAAUGCCAGGGUCGAGUCGCAGAUGUUACGCUUGAAAACUGAUAUUAAUGCAAUGGAGGCGCAUUUGAAACAUGGGGACAAGGAAAACGAAGGAAUGUUUCAACGCUCUGAUAAUUUGAACGAAUAUUACGAAAGCUUCCGGAACAAUGUGAUGUCGUUAUUGGAACACGUGAAAAUGCCUAAUAAUCCAGCAGAAAAAGUUGGCGGAGAUAAUUUUAAUAAUUAUUUGAGCAAACUUCAAACUUUAUGCAAUAGUAGUGGUAGUGGUAAUGACGAAAAUCAUAAACCUAUAUUUGAUGCAGUUAAAUCCGAAUUACAAGAUUUUACAAUACUGCCAACCGCUGUUUAAAUGAAAACCUCAUGUUUCAUUUCAUUCAAUUCAAUUUAAAUUCCAGUAAUUCAAAGUGAAUAACGCAUGCAUUAUUUUUCUCUUUAAUCUAUCAGUGCACCUCCGCCCUUUUUAUAUCGGACUGCGACUGUAAUAAAUUCUAUAAAUGCUUAAUUUACGAAAACAUUAUCCAUUCACCCGAUCAAUCUUGCACUUGAAUAGGUUCUACCUAUCUGGUUGUGGAUUUCAAGCAUGACUUGUGACGUUUUUCUAUCUUAUAAAUGUUAUUGAACUCGUACACGGUGUCAACAUAAAAAUUUUGAUCGCCAAAUUAAAAUUUUUUUUCUCGCCUUUAUUGAAAGGUAUGUACCAAACCAACUUCCAAAGGUAAUCUUCUCAAACACUAAAAUUGCAUAACCAACAUUUUAUUAUUCAUUUUUGUAAAAAGAAAUUACUUUUUACGCUUAAAAUAUUUUUAGGUUCUUAUCCUUGGUCUGAUGUGAAUAAAGCCUACUUACUAUUGACUUGUCUGUCUGUAUCUAAGCUUUUCGCCUUUACUCUAUAAAAAUAAUAUAUCUAAAAUUGAGCUAAACUGUAUAUUCCUUUAUACAUAAAUAUAACAACUUUUUUAUUUUCUCUUGGUACCUACCUAAACCGUUUUCAUUUUUAUUAUGCGUUUUUGUUAUAAAAAUUUUCUAAAAAUCAAUGUUAAAAAAAUUACUAAAAAAAAGUUUUGUUCACAUAAACUCUAUUCUUAAUUUCUUAUACCAUUUUUAGUUUUUCUCGCUGUAAAACUAUAACGUAUUGUUGAAAAAUCAAUAUCAAUGAUAGAAUCGAUGCGAAAGAAGUUUUCAACCUGAUAAUAAUUAGGUUGAUUUGAAGUUAUGUUUUGUUUCUUUAUUUAUUAAUUCGUUGUUAAUUUUUUGUUGUUUUCUACUUCGUGCCGAAAAAUAACUUUCAAUUUUUUUUUUUUCGUAUUAGUGCAGAUUUUUUUUCUUUUUUGUUUAGUGAUUUUCUUUCUUCGGGAACUAUGGUCAUUUGUUACUUUUUAAGGCUACUACGUUCCAUAUAUCAUUUGAAAAUUUCUCAUGUAACAAUGUUUAUACUAUACUAAUUUAUUUAUACGUCUUUUAAUGUAACUAAAAUGUCCUUUUUUUUGUUUGUUAUAAAAAAUGAUAUAUGUUUGUGCUAAAAUGUAAUCGGUAUUUAUGUUUUAUGUAAAAUCCUCGUAGUAUACGCCUGCUUUAUUACCAAAAAUUUU